AUGAAAACAUUAUUAAAACGUAUUCAAUUAAUUCAUCGAACAAAUGAUGGAAAAUAUAAAAAAUUUUGGCAAAAUAUUGAUUUUAAUAAAAUGAUUACACUUGAACAUGUUUGGAAUGAUAUAAAUCAACAAUUUGUUCUAGAAUCAUCGAAUAAUAAAUAUAAAUUUUAUUGCUAUAAAACAAAAAGAUUAUUACCAACAUGGUAUCACGUUAAUUUAUUGAAUGAUAAUGAUCAAAUAUUGAUUGAUGAAUUCGAUGAAAGUGCACAUUCAAAUAAACCAGCAAUAUUAUCUACAUCAAUUAAAACUGAAUGUUUAAAAAAUAUAUCAAAAAAGAAACAAUUAAGAGUAUCUAUUACAAAUCGAUCAUUUAUCAUUACUAAUAAAUAUUCAAUACCGAAUGCCUUCUAUGAGCAAUGGGAAGAAGGCAAAACGCACAAAAAUACAAACAAUUGUCGAAUGAGUUUCUAA